AUGAUCAAAGAAACGAGUAAAGAAGACUUCGGAUCAUAUCGAGCUGUUGCGAAGAAUACAGCUGGUGCAGCUAUUUCUACUGCUAAAGUUUCGUCGAAAAUGACAGCACCUAUAUUUGAGCAAGGGUUAAGACGGACAGAAGUUGUGGAAAGAGAGGAAAUCCGCCUAGAAGCGAAGAUCACCGGUACGCAGCCAGUAGUCGCAUGGUUUAAGGACGGUGAAUUAAUCCAGGAAGACCAAACACGUGAGAUUCGCCAAGACUUCUCGUCCUGCACGUACUCCCUGGUCAUAAGGGAAUCCCAAUGUUCCGACACAGGAUGGUACACGGUAAGAGCGACCAACACGGUAGGAACUCGUGAGAGCUCUGCCGAAGUAAAGGUGACUGAGAUUACAGAGAAGCCUUCACUAGUCAAGGGACUUGUGUUUACUGAGGUAAAACUAAAUGAAACAGCAACAAUGUCGGUAAUCGUGAGAGGAGCACCAGCUCCACAAGUCACUUGGAAGAAGGAUGGUCAACCACUCACUAUCGAUGGUACACACAUCACUUCUACGAAAAUUUCUGAAUCCGAAUAUUCACUAUCGAUACAUUCUUGCACACUUCAAGACAUCGGCUUGUAUACCUGUGAAGCAACGAACACCGCGGGUUCUGUUCAGAGCUCAGCAAACUUAGCAGUCAAACAGGAACCCGAGGCACCGCUGUUUACUAAAGAGCUGCAAGCAAUACAGAUCAAGGAAAGCGAAACAGUGAAUCUGUCUGUGACUGUCACAGGAUCACCAGAACCCAAGGUUGUUUGGUUCAAAGAUGAUGUGCCCAUUGAAGUUGACAAUGUUCACAUUCUGACCAGGGAAGAGGGUCGCGGUCAUUUCACAUUGACCAUCAAGGACUCCCAAGUAACGGAUAUUGGAAGCUAUUCUUGCAAAGCCACAAACAUUGCUGGAGAAGCUCGCACAGAAGCAACUGUCAACGUUACCAAAGAGGCUGUAGCUCCCCAGUUCGUUGAGGUUUUGAGACCGAUACAUGUCAAAGAAAGCGAAACCUUGAAUCUGUCUGUGACUGUCACAGGAUCACCAGAACCCAAGGUUGUUUGGUUCAAAGAUGAUGUGCCCAUUGAAGUUGACAAUGUUCACAUUCUGACCAGGGAAGAGGGUCGCGGUCAUUUCACAUUGACCAUCAAGGACUCCCAAGUAACGGAUAUUGGAAGCUAUUCUUGCAAAGCCACAAACAUUGCUGGAGAAGCUCGCACAGAAGCAACUGUCAACGUUACCAAAGAGGCUGUAGCUCCCCAGUUCGUUGAGGUUUUGAGACCGAUACAUGUCAAAGAAAGCGAAACCUUGAAUCUGUCUGUGACUGUCACAGGAUCACCAGAACCCAAGGUUGUUUGGUUCAAAGAUGAUGUGCCCAUUGAAGUUGACAAUGUUCACAUUCUGACCAGGGAAGAGGGUCGCGGUCAUUUCACAUUGACCAUCAAGGACUCCCAAGUAACGGAUAUUGGAAGCUAUUCUUGCAAAGCCACAAACAUUGCUGGAGAAGCUCGCACAGAAGCAACUGUCAACGUUACCAAAGAGGCUGUAGCUCCCCAGUUCGUUGAGGUUUUGAGACCGAUACAUGUCAAAGAAAGCGAAACCUUGAAUCUGUCUGUGACUGUCACAGGAUCACCAGAACCCAAGGUUGUUUGGUUCAAAGAUGAUGUGCCCAUUGAAGUUGACAAUGUUCACAUUCUGACCAGGGAAGAGGGUCGCGGUCAUUUCACAUUGACCAUCAAGGACUCCCAAGUAACGGAUAUUGGAAGCUAUUCUUGCAAAGCCACAAACAUUGCUGGAGAAGCUCGCACAGAAGCAACUGUCAACGUUACCAAAGAGGCUGUAGCUCCCCAGUUCGUUGAGGUUUUGAGACCGAUACAUGUCAAAGAAAGCGAAACCUUGAAUCUGUCUGUGACUGUCACAGGAUCACCAGAACCCAAGGUUGUUUGGUUCAAAGAUGAUGUGCCCAUUGAAGUUGACAAUGUUCACAUUCUGACCAGGGAAGAGGGUCGCGGUCAUUUCACAUUGACCAUCAAGGACUCCCAAGUAACGGAUAUUGGAAGCUAUUCUUGCAAAGCCACAAACAUUGCUGGAGAAGCUCGCACAGAAGCAACUGUCAACGUUACCAAAGAGGCUGUAGCUCCCCAGUUCGUUGAGGUUUUGAGACCGAUACAUGUCAAAGAAAGCGAAACCUUGAAUCUGUCUGUGACUGUCACAGGAUCACCAGAACCCAAGGUUGUUUGGUUCAAAGAUGAUGUGCCCAUUGAAGUUGACAAUGUUCACAUUCUGACCAGGGAAGAGGGUCGCGGUCAUUUCACAUUGACCAUCAAGGACUCCCAAGUAACGGAUAUUGGAAGCUAUUCUUGCAAAGCCACAAACAUUGCUGGAGAAGCUCGCACAGAAGCAACUGUCAACGUUACCAAAGAGGCUGUAGCUCCCCAGUUCGUUGAGGUUUUGAGACCGAUACAUGUCAAAGAAAGCGAAACCUUGAAUCUGUCUGUGACUGUCACAGGAUCACCAGAACCCAAGGUUGUUUGGUUCAAAGAUGAUGUGCCCAUUGAAGUUGACAAUGUUCACAUUCUGACCAGGGAAGAGGGUCGCGGUCAUUUCACAUUGACCAUCAAGGACUCCCAAGUAACGGAUAUUGGAAGCUAUUCUUGCAAAGCCACAAACAUUGCUGGAGAAGCUCGCACAGAAGCAACUGUCAACGUUACCAAAGAGGCUGUAGCUCCCCAGUUCGUUGAGGUUUUGAGACCGAUACAUGUCAAAGAAAGCGAAACCUUGAAUCUGUCUGUGACUGUCACAGGAUCACCAGAACCCAAGGUUGUUUGGUUCAAAGAUGAUGUGCCCAUUGAAGUUGACAAUGUUCACAUUCUGACCAGGGAAGAGGGUCGCGGUCAUUUCACAUUGACCAUCAAGGACUCCCAAGUAACGGAUAUUGGAAGCUAUUCUUGCAAAGCCACAAACAUUGCUGGAGAAGCUCGCACAGAAGCAACUGUCAACGUUACCAAAGAGGCUGUAGCUCCCCAGUUCGUUGAGGUUUUGAGACCGAUACAUGUCAAAGAAAGCGAAACCUUGAAUCUGUCUGUGACUGUCACAGGAUCACCAGAACCCAAGGUUGUUUGGUUCAAAGAUGAUGUGCCCAUUGAAGUUGACAAUGUUCACAUUCUGACCAGGGAAGAGGGUCGCGGUCAUUUCACAUUGACCAUCAAGGACUCCCAAGUAACGGAUAUUGGAAGCUAUUCUUGCAAAGCCACAAACAUUGCUGGAGAAGCUCGCACAGAAGCAACUGUCAACGUUACCAAAGAGGCUGUAGCUCCCCAGUUCGUUGAGGUUUUGAGACCGAUACAUGUCAAAGAAAGCGAAACCUUGAAUCUGUCUGUGACUGUCACAGGAUCACCAGAACCCAAGGUUGUUUGGUUCAAAGAUGAUGUGCCCAUUGAAGUUGACAAUGUUCACAUUCUGACCAGGGAAGAGGGUCGCGGUCAUUUCACAUUGACCAUCAAGGACUCCCAAGUAACGGAUAUUGGAAGCUAUUCUUGCAAAGCCACAAACAUUGCUGGAGAAGCUCGCACAGAAGCAACUGUCAACGUUACCAAAGAGGCUGUAGCUCCCCAGUUCGUUGAGGUUUUGAGACCGAUACAUGUCAAAGAAAGCGAAACCUUGAAUCUGUCUGUGACUGUCACAGGAUCACCAGAACCCAAGGUUGUUUGGUUCAAAGAUGAUGUGCCCAUUGAAGUUGACAAUGUUCACAUUCUGACCAGGGAAGAGGGUCGCGGUCAUUUCACAUUGACCAUCAAGGACUCCCAAGUAACGGAUAUUGGAAGCUAUUCUUGCAAAGCCACAAACAUUGCUGGAGAAGCUCGCACAGAAGCAACUGUCAACGUUACCAAAGAGGCUGUAGCUCCCCAGUUCGUUGAGGUUUUGAGACCGAUACAUGUCAAAGAAAGCGAAACCUUGAAUCUGUCUGUGACUGUCACAGGAUCACCAGAACCCAAGGUUGUUUGGUUCAAAGAUGAUGUGCCCAUUGAAGUUGACAAUGUUCACAUUCUGACCAGGGAAGAGGGUCGCGGUCAUUUCACAUUGACCAUCAAGGACUCCCAAGUAACGGAUAUUGGAAGCUAUUCUUGCAAAGCCACAAACAUUGCUGGAGAAGCUCGCACAGAAGCAACUGUCAACGUUACCAAAGAGGCUGUAGCUCCCCAGUUCGUUGAGGUUUUGAGACCGAUACAUGUCAAAGAAAGCGAAACCUUGAAUCUGUCUGUGACUGUCACAGGAUCACCAGAACCCAAGGUUGUUUGGUUCAAAGAUGAUGUGCCCAUUGAAGUUGACAAUGUUCACAUUCUGACCAGGGAAGAGGGUCGCGGUCAUUUCACAUUGACCAUCAAGGACUCCCAAGUAACGGAUAUUGGAAGCUAUUCUUGCAAAGCCACAAACAUUGCUGGAGAAGCUCGCACAGAAGCAACUGUCAACGUUACCAAAGAGGCUGUAGCUCCCCAGUUCGUUGAGGUUUUGAGACCGAUACAUGUCAAAGAAAGCGAAACCUUGAAUCUGUCUGUGACUGUCACAGGAUCACCAGAACCCAAGGUUGUUUGGUUCAAAGAUGAUGUGCCCAUUGAAGUUGACAAUGUUCACAUUCUGACCAGGGAAGAGGGUCGCGGUCAUUUCACAUUGACCAUCAAGGACUCCCAAGUAACGGAUAUUGGAAGCUAUUCUUGCAAAGCCACAAACAUUGCUGGAGAAGCUCGCACAGAAGCAACUGUCAACGUUACCAAAGAGGCUGUAGCUCCCCAGUUCGUUGAGGUUUUGAGACCGAUACAUGUCAAAGAAAGCGAAACCUUGAAUCUGUCUGUGACUGUCACAGGAUCACCAGAACCCAAGGUUGUUUGGUUCAAAGAUGAUGUGCCCAUUGAAGUUGACAAUGUUCACAUUCUGACCAGGGAAGAGGGUCGCGGUCAUUUCACAUUGACCAUCAAGGACUCCCAAGUAACGGAUAUUGGAAGCUAUUCUUGCAAAGCCACAAACAUUGCUGGAGAAGCUCGCACAGAAGCAACUGUCAACGUUACCAAAGAGGCUGUAGCUCCCCAGUUCGUUGAGGUUUUGAGACCGAUACAUGUCAAAGAAAGCGAAACCUUGAAUCUGUCUGUGACUGUCACAGGAUCACCAGAACCCAAGGUUGUUUGGUUCAAAGAUGAUGUGCCCAUUGAAGUUGACAAUGUUCACAUUCUGACCAGGGAAGAGGGUCGCGGUCAUUUCACAUUGACCAUCAAGGACUCCCAAAAGCAACUGUCAACGUUACCAAAGAGGCUGUAG